UUAUUAUUAAUAUUAUUAAUAAGUAGCUGAGCAUAGCUUAAGUGUGCAUAAUAUAUAUAAAUAAUACAGCUACAGGGAAUAGACCUAAGAGGAAGCUAGGUCAUAUAGGUGGAACCAGCAAUCCAUCAAUUAGUCACCCACAUUCUCUUUCUCUCUCUUCUGUUUUCCUUUUUCUCGAGAAAAUUGUGUUAGGGUUUCUGUGAUUGAGCCUGCAAACACUUCCUUGAGGGCACAAAAGAUUCCAUUGUUUGCUUCUUUCAGAUUAAUUUUUUUGUCAGUUCAGAUCUUCAAGAAGAAGAAUCCAGAGAAGCUAUAUAUACAUCAUCGUUGUUCUUUGCCAAGACAAAGAAGAAAAAUGGUGAGGGGGAAAACUCAGAUGAAGCGCAUAGAAAAUGAGACGAGUAGGCAAGUAACGUUCUCCAAGAGAAGGAACGGGUUGCUCAAGAAGGCCUUUGAGCUUUCGGUGCUGUGUGAUGCUGAAGUCGCACUCAUCAUCUUCUCUACCAGAGGGAGGCUUUAUGAGUUCUCCAGUUCAAGAUGCUCCAGUAUAAACAAAACAGUUGAACGCUAUCAAAGGAAGAUCGAGGACCUGGGUGUCAGCAACAAAGGAAUCCAUGAAAAUACACAGCAUCUGAAGGAAGUUGAUAUGAGCAUGGCAAAGAAGAUCGAGCAUCUAGAAGAUUCAAGAAGAAAGCUUUUGGGAGAUGAAUUGGAUAAAUGCAGUAUUGACGAGUUACAACAGCUAGAGAACCAGCUCGAACGCAGCCUGGACAAAAUUAGGGCAACAAAGAAUCAAUUGUUCAGGAAGCGAAUCGAGAAGCUAAAAGAAGAGGAAAAGUGCUUACUCGAAGUAAAUAAACGCUUACGUGAGCAGUACCGGAUUGAACGACAACGUUGUUUGAGUGAUCAGGAUGUCGAAUUCGCCACAAAAAAGGAGGGAGAAGAGGUGGAGACGGAGUUAUUCAUAGGAAGACCUGAGAGAAGAAUGCCGUUAAAGUUGAAACCUACAACAUAUAGUGCUCAUGCAUACAUAGCGUAAUCUAAAGAUUAAAAAUUACUAAUGCCCAUACAAACGCUGCUAGCUUCCUUGCAGACUGUUAUAUUCAUGUCUUAUUAAGAUAUGUAAUUCUUGUUGUACCCCAAAUCACAACGGCGGUUGUGAACGCCUACUUAAAUAAUUUAUGUACAACAGUCAUUAUUUCAAAACUGUUCGUUAGAGUACUAUAUAUAUCAGUUUGGAAUUUUUUUUAUUUGGUUA